CGCCCAGCCCCAGCCCCGACCUCCGCCACCGCCCAGCGCGGUUACACCGGCCGGGGGCACCGGGAGUGCCGGCAGCRACACAACUGCCCGGGGCGCCGGGAGUGCCGGGGUAACCGGAGCACCGGRGUACCGGGAGCACCGRGAGCACCGGAGUCCCGCUGACACCGGCAGUACCGGCGGUACCGGGGGUCUCGCGUCAUGAUCUGCGGCAGGAAGGCGCGUCCCGCCGCCGAGCAGCUCCGCGCCCCGUCGGACGGUGCCGGUGGMUCCCGCCGGCCCGGGAGAGCCCUGAAGAAAAUGGGUCUGACAGAGGAUGAGGAUGUCCAGCGGAUGCUCCGGGGGUCCCUGCUCUGGAAGGUCAAGGCCAAGGGGGGCUCCAGGGAGCGGCUGUUCCGCCUGCAGGAGGACGGGGUGACCGUGUGCUUCGAGGGACGCUUCGGGCGYGCCCGCUCCCCCCAGAGCUUCUCGGUGGCGCAGCUGGAGGCGGUGCGCGAGGGUCGCCAGUCGGAGGGGCUGCGCAAGCACGGGGCCGCGUUCCCCGAGCGCCACUGCUUCACGCUCGUCUUCAAGGGACGCCGCAAGAACCUGGACCUGGCGGCCCGCGGCGAGGAGGACGCCCGGCACUGGGUGCAGGGGCUCGCCAAGCUGAUGGGGCGGCUGCAGGCCAUGAGCCAGAUGGAGAAGCUCGACCACUGGAUCCACGGGGUCCUGCAGCGAGCUGACAGGAACAAGGACAACAAGAUGUCCUUCCGGGAGGUGAAGAGCAUGCUGAGGAUGCUCAACAUCGACAUGGACGAUGUCUACGCCUCCAAGCUCUUCAAGGAGUGUGACCACUCGGGCAACGAGCGGCUGGAGGGCUGGGAGCUGGAGGAGUUCUGCCGGCAGCUGCUGCGGCGGCCGGAGCUGGAGGAGCUCUUCGGGCGUUACUCGGGCGAGGAUCGGGUCCUGUCGGCCGAGGAGCUGCAGGAUUUCCUGCGGGAUCAGGGAGAGGAGUCCAGCCUGCGCCAGGCCCGCGCUGUCAUCCGCACCUAUGAGCUCAACGAGAAGGCCAAGCGGCAGGACCUGAUGAUGCUGGACGGCUUCACCAUGUACCUGCUGUCGGCYGCCGGGGACAUCCUCAACCAGGAGCACACCCGGGUGCACCAGGACAUGAGCCAGCCCCUGAGCCACUACUUCAUCUCCUCGUCCCACAACACCUACCUGACCCGCAACCAGAUCGGCGGCACCAGCAGCACCGAAGCCUAUGGCAGGGCGCUGAGGGCGGGGUGCCGCUGCGUGGAGCUGGACUGCUGGGAGGGCUCYGACGGGGAGCCUGUCGUCUACCACGGCCACACGCUCACCUCCAAAAUCCUCUUCCGCGACGUCAUCGAGAGCAUCCGCGACUCCGCCUUCGAGAAAUCUCCCUACCCCGUCAUCCUGUCCCUGGAGAACCACUGCGGGCUGGAGCAGCAGGCCACCAUGGCCCGGCACAUGAGGACCAUCCUGGGGGACAAGCUGCUGACACAGCCCCUGCAGGGGCACGACCCCCACCAUCUCCCCUCCCCSGAGCAGCUGAAGGAAAAGAUCCUGGUGAAAGGCAAAAAGCUGCCGGAGCUGUGGCAGGAGCCCCGGGGUGUCACCUGCGAGGAGGAGGAGGAGGAAGAGGAGGAAGAGGAAGAGGAAGAGGAGGAGAAGGUGCAGGAGAGAGGCCCUCGGCGGUCGCUGCAGUCGCUGCAGGAGAUCAAACCUCUGCAGGCCAAGGACGCGUCGCAAGUGUCCCCAGAGCUGUCGGCGCUGGUGGUGUACUGCCAGGCUGUCCCCUUCCCCGGGCUGGCACAGGCCCUGCGCCACCCCCAGCCCUGCCAGCUGUCCUCCUUCAGCGAGAGGAAGGCACGGAAACUCAUCAAGGAGGCGGUGGCUCUCAAUUUCCAGACGCCGGGGUACGAGAUGGACCUGAACGCCGGGCGCUUCCUGCCCAACGGGCGCUGUGGUUACGUCCUGAAGCCGCUGUGCCUGCGCAGCCCCACYGGGGAGGGGUCCCGGCGCCUGGCACUGCACAUCAGGGUGAUCACAGCACAGCAGCUGCCCAAGCUCAACAGGGACAAGGGCAGCUCCAUCGUGGAUCCCUUCGUGCGCGUGGAGAUCCACGGGGUCCCGGCCGACUGCGCCAAGCAGCAAACGCACCACAAACUCAACAACGGUUUCAACCCGCGCUGGGAGGAGACGCUGCGGUUCCAGGUGCGGGUGCCCGAGCUGGCCCUGGUGCGCUUCGUGGUGGAGGACUACGACAGCACCUCCUGCAACGACUUUGUGGGGCAGUUCACGCUGCCCCUGCCCAGCAUGCGCCAAGGGUACCGCCACAUCCACCUGCUCUCCAGGGACGGGGCGUCCCUGUCCCCCGCCACGCUCUUCGUGCACGUUCGAUGCAAGAGCCUGUGAGGUGCCUGUGGAGGGACAGCAGUGUCCCCGAGGUGCCUGUGGAGGGACAGCAGUGUCCCCGAGGUGUCCGUGGGAGGGACAUCAUGUCCCCGUGUGGGGGACAACGGGCUCCUCCAUGGAUGGGCACCCUCCUGCGCUGGAGACACCCCUGUGUGGAGGGGUCUGGGGACACUGCUCACCUGGCUGUGUGGACAGCAAGACUGAGAGACCCAAAAGGGUAGGACCCCCCUUCCCUGUCCCCCAGUGCCACCCCCUGUGCUGGUGCCCUGCUCCGCCCUCCUUGAGGGGACAAUGAGGCAGUGACAGCCAGGAUGGGUUGMCUGGGCCACCGACAGCCCAGCACAGCCCCACUGGGGUGGCACGGGUGACAGCAACCCCCAAAUGCCACCAGUCCUGGCCAUGCUUGAUCCCAGCCCUUGCCUUGGGGUGCAAGRACAGUGGCAUCACCACAGAGUCCCUGAGGGGACCCUGCCACCACACACACUCCAUUGUGCCCAGCAGGGGACACAUUGCCAACCUCUGCCCUGGCACCAGCGCCAGUCACAGAUCCACACCCCAGGGUCAAGCCAGUCGAAUAAAGGUUUUAUUUUAACAGA